AUGGAAAAUAAUUACCAUUUUUAUAUUGUUUCCGUCCAUUUGUGCUAUGGCAUUUCAUUUAUUCUGACCAAGCAGCAUAUAACGCUUAAAAUUUGGGAAGCUUACAAGAAAAAAGAAACUAAGAACAGUAAAGGCUACUUGUCAACUGUCAUUUGUCAAUUUAUUGCAUUGUGGUUUAUAAAUGCCGAAACUGUGAUAUUUGAUGAGGUUAUUUGGCAAGUAAUUGAAAUGUCUAAAAGAACACUACCAACUUGGUCCUUACCAACCUCAGUAAGAGACAGGCCAGUUUUAAAACUUAGCAAUAGUCUGACACGACAAAAAGAAGAAUUCGUGUGUUCAAAUGGCAAUAAAGUAAAAUGGUAUAGUUGCGGUCCUACUGUAUAUGAUGCUUCACACAUGGGUCAUGCAAGGUCAUAUAUUUCCUUCGAUAUUUUACGACGUGUUAUGUCUAAUUACUUUGGCUAUGAUGUUCUAUAUGUUAUGAAUAUAACUGAUAUUGAUGACAAAAUUAUUAAAAGAGCUAGACAAAAUUAUUUAUAUGAAAAAUAUGCAAAAGAAGAAAGAGAUCUUAAUACUAUUAUAGAUGAUGCAACAGCUGUGGUAGAUUAUUAUGAAAAUGUUGUUAAGGAUACUGUGGAUCUAGAUAAGAAAAAUACUAUGCAAAGGAUGUUAGAUAAUGUUGCAUCAGCUGUAAAAGUCCUUAAGGCAGCAGUAGAAGAAAAUGAUGAGGAUAAAAUUAAUAAAGCUAAACUUGAGUUAUUGAAAUCCGCAAAAGAUCCCAUAUCAGAAUGGUUAGACAAAAGGUAUGGAGCAACAGUUACAGACAAUGCAAUUUUCACAUUACUACCUAGAUAUUGGGAAAAUGAAUUUCAUAAAGAUAUGAAAGCACUUAAUGUUUUGCCACCAGAUGUUUUAACUAGAGUAAGUGAAUAUAUACCACAAAUAAUUUCAUUCAUUCAAAAAAUAAUAGAUAAUGGCUUAGCUUAUGAAUCAAAUGGAUCUGUAUAUUUCAAUGUUAGUGAAUUUGAUAGCAAGGAUAAGCAUCAUUACGCUAGGCUUGUUCCGGAAGCUUAUGGGGAUACUAAAUCAUUACAAGAAGGAGAAGGCGACCUCAGUGAUGAUGCAGUUGAAAAGCGUUCUCCCAAUGAUUUUGCUCUCUGGAAACGAAGCAAGGCAGGUGAGCCUUCAUGGGACUCUCCAUGGGGUAAGGGAAGACCAGGCUGGCAUAUAGAGUGCUCUGCUAUGGCAUCUGAUGUGUGUGGAUCAAAUCUAGAUAUACAUACAGGAGGUGUGGAUUUGAAGUUUCCUCAUCAUGAUAAUGAACUAGCUCAAAGUGAGGCACAUUUUGACAAGCCGGGCUGGGUGAAUUAUUUCCUGCAUACGGGCCAUCUCACGAUUGCAGGCUGCAAGAUGUCAAAGUCGUUAAAGAACUUUGUGACCAUUUCCGAUGCACUAAAACGUCAUACUGCAAGACAAUUAAGGAUAGCUUUCUUGUUACAUAGCUGGAAGGAUACUUUAGAUUAUUCUGAUAAUACCAUGGAAAUGGCUAUCCAAACUGAGAAAUUGUUUAAUGAGUUUUUCCUAACGGUUAAAGACGCCUUACGGAGCGGCUACGAUGAAGGUAACGGUGGGUCGUGGCACCCCGAAGAGCAGCAGCUGUGGGCCAAGCUCAGCGCUGUCAAGGAACAAGUACACGCCGCAUUGUGUGACAACAUCGACACGCGUGCCGCAAUAGACGCCCUGCGCGAGCUAGUGGGCGCGUCGCACGUGUACCUGCGCGGCGCGGCGCGCUGCUCGCGCGCGCUGGCGGCCGCGGCGCGCUACGCCACCGACGUGCUGCACGUGUUCGGCGCCGUGGAGGGCCCGCGCGGGGGCAUCGGCUUCCCCGUGGCCGAAGCGGACAGUCUCCAUUUGGAAGAAGCCGUGAUGCCGUACCUAGAAGCGCUGAGCACGUUCCGCGCGGAGGUGCGCGAGGCGGCGCGCGGCGCGGGCGCGGCCGCCGUGCUGGCGCUGUGCGACCGCCUGCGCGACGCCGUGCUGCCGGAGCUGGGCGUGCGGCUGGAGGAUAAGCCUGACAGAACAGUUGUGAAGCUCGUAAGCAAAGAAGAAUUGAUGAAAGAGAGAGAAGAGAAAAGACGACAAGAAGCGGAGAAAUUGAAGAAAAAGCAAGAUUUGUUAGAAGCGCAGCGAGCUAAGGAAGAGCAGAAGAAAAUUCCUCCAACUGAAAUGUUUAAACGUGAAACAGAAAAAUACUCCCAGUUCGAUGACAAGGGUCUUCCGACACACGACCACGAGGGAAAGGAGCUGAGUAAAGGACUUAUAAAGAAGUUACAAAAACUUCAGCUCGCUCAAGAGAAGAAGUAUAACGAGUACUUAGCUUCAGUCAACACUUGC